AUAAUACUUUUUUUUUCAGUGUGUAAUGGUGUGUUUUCUUGAAAAUCUUUGAGCAUUUUUCUCAAAUUUAAUUUACCACUGAUAUUAAUGAGUGCCACUCCUAAAAUGAAUUCCUCACAGCUUCGCAACAAAGCGAAUGAUUUCCUGAAUUCAAAGAGACACGCCAACAACCUCGCGGAUAUAUUAAAAUUGUUUGAGGCUGAAACUGAUAAUUUCUCACCUCUGCUGCUUACGAUAGAGGUGAUAUUUACGGAGCUACUGAAAAGAGGCGAUUUAGUACAGCACAUCGAGCCUUUGAACCCGUCAGUGAACACUCCAGAGGCGCAAUAUGCGAAAUGGCUGAACGAGUGCUACGAGACGGCACUGAAAUGCACUCUGAACUGCAUCAAGAUGGGCCGCAUGAGCUCCCGCCUGCAGGCCCUUGUCACCGCAUGCAAGCUGAUGCAGGCCGAGGGGAAAUAUCCACUGGAAGAAAGUGUUAGCUAUCAGUUUCCUGCUGUGAGACUGAAGAACAUAUUCAGCAUGCUACUAGACUCGGAGGUGUCAAUGGCGGCUCCCAUCGCUCGCUUCCAGGAGUUCAGCGAGCACCGCGACGUGCAGCAGUAUGGGCUGAAGGUGUUGCCCACCAUUGCUUACCGAAAGAACCCCUCAUCAGUGUACAUGGAGAACUACCUGGAGCUGCUGGACAAGCUGCUCUCGGUGCAGAUUGUCGUGGAUGGAGCCGUGAAGAGACGGGCUGAUGAUGACGAGAAGGGGGAGAAGGUGCUUUGUGAUGCUGAAGGCAAACCCUCCUUCACCUACAACCCGGCGACCUGCCGGCGCUACGCCAACCGCUGCUGGGGCUUCGCGUGCCAGUGGGCGCUGCUGUCGGCCGCGGGGCCGCGCCGCCGCGCGCUGCUGCUGCUCGUGGAGCGACUCAUGCCGCUGCUGAGUAAACCACAGCAGGCGACCGAUAUGCUUUGUGACUGUCUUGAUGCUGGCGGCCCAAUCAGCAUGCUCGCCCUGCAAGGAGUCCUGGAGCUGGUGCGGCACCACAACAUCGAGUACCCGGACAUCUACGACCGCCUGUACGCCAUGUUCGAGCCCGCCAUGUUCGCCACGCGGUACAAGCGGAGGCUGAUGCAUCUGGCUGACAUCUUCUUGAGUUCCACCCACCUCCCCGAGUCGCUAGUAGCUGCCUUCGCCAAGCGCAUGUCCCGCCUGGCGCUGCUCGCCUCGCCUGAAGAAGCCGUGGCCUUAGUGGGCCUGGUGUCGUCACUGCUGCACCGCCAUCCGGCCUUGAAGAGGAUGAUCUGCUAUGAGGACACGCCUGCUAUUAUGUCCAACGAUCCGUACGUAAUGGAAGAAACCCUAGCCCGGCGCAGCGGCGCGCUGGGCUCCUCGCUGUGGGAGCUGCGCGCGCUGCGGCGGCACCACGCGCCCGGCGUGUGCGCCGCCGCCGCCGCCGCGCUCUCCGCCGCGCCCAUGCCUGAGCCUAUCAGUGAUGACGAGCUGUUCGACGCGGAGGUCAAACGCCACUUCAAGACGAUCGAGCUGAACUUCCUCCGGCCGCAGGGCAUGGCGCUGCCGGAGGGGGAGCGCCUGCUGCAGUACUGGGACAUCAUGGCCUGAGCGAGACGGAGAUAGGUGGUAUUGGGCAGAUAGAAUGAGAGAGAGUUUGAACUCGAGGUUGACCCAGAGCGUGACUCGAGAGUGAUAUGUCAUGUAAGCAAAACAAAGAAAUUACGGUAUACAAAACUCUGGAUUAAGCUCGAGUUAAAACAUGGAUUUGUGAACUCCAUAGAUGGUGAGAAAAUAUGACCUUCGGAUAUUCGGCCUUUGCAGUAAUACCUGUCAGAUCAAAAUGUAUGUUGAACAAUACUAGACUUUGUAUUCAAUGGCCGUGAAAUCUACAUACGGCUAUUAUUUUUCACUUAUGUAUUGUUAUCUAUGAAAUAGGGUCUAUUCGUAUUGUUUGAUUUGAUAACAUGUAUGAUCGGUACCUCUUAGUUAAAAAUGCACCAACACUAACAAAUUAUUAUUAAUUUAACUAAUGUAUACUUAUUAUUAAGGAGCCUUGAAGUUAAGAAAAGUUGCAAAUGACCUAAUCAGAGUUAUGAAUCAAUUUUGACGGACUUGCUGGUUGACAUUCGUGUUUUUGGAAUACUUUUAAAUGAAUAAUUGUUUGAAAUCAUUUGAUACAUAAUUGAAAACUACCCCAUACAUAUAACAUGAAAAUUCAAAAAGUUAACUUUAAAUGCCUUUAAUGUAAAAAACUACAUCUACUUUUUUAAGUGCAUUUCACAUUUUUGGGCCAGAACACCCUGUAUAUCUUAAUAUAAUAAUAAAAGGAUAUCGUGUUAUUUGUUCUUUUAGUUUUAUGACUAAUAUAUUUUAUACUAUUUGUAAGGAGCUAACUGGUUCAGUUUUUAGUUAAGUUUUAUAUUUAUGCCAUAUAUCAUUGUGAGUCCAUGCUGUGUCGUUUAUAAUUUUGAAACCUCGCAGGAACGACGCGGCUGGGGAACAGUUGUUGUGAGUCGACAUAACG